AUGAAUCUCGACAACGAGCAAAACAUAGCUUCCUCUUUCUCUUACCCGUUGAUUGUCAUUAACGACCAAUUUCAUAUGCCUCAAAGUGUUACAGCAACCUCAAGCGACUACUCCAUGAUCGAUGAAUGUAACUUGUGGGGCAGCUUGUGGAGUCUACACGAUGAAGAUCUACAAAGUAAUGGUGGUGACUGGGAACAGAGACCAGCUGCUGAUAUUGCUGAGAAGUUUAAUGGUGGAAGAAUUGAGGCUCCGCCGUGUGGAUCAGGGGAGUAUAAUUAUAAUGGAUUUUACACGGGAGGCUAUAUUUUAUAG